AUGAAUUUGUUUGAAUUUAUCCAGAAUAACAAUAGCAUUGCUUAUAAGAAUGAAGAUGUGUUUGUGAUAACUGAUAAAGAGAAUAAUCCAUGGUUUAAAGCAGUUAGUCAGUCAGUUGCGAGUUGCAACAGCUCUGUUUACUUCACGCCCGUGGGUAACCACCUGUGCAUCUGUGCACUGGUCUUCGCUGUCUCCCCGUGUCCAAAACGUGGCGUACUACGCCGCAGGCUCGCGUAUAUAAGACGGAGGCGAGGGACCGGAGAAGUGUCACUUGCCAGCGCGACAUGGCGAAACUACUGGCCGUCUAUCUGCUGCUGCUGGUUGCUGCCCUGCUCUGCGAACAGGCCCUCGCCUGCACGCCGGGCACCCGGAAAUACGACGGCUGCAACUGGUGCAGGUGUUCCAGCGGCGGGGCCUGGACGUGCACGCUCCGCUACUGUCCUCCAUCCAGGGGUGGCGGUGGUGGUACUAUAUUGGUGUGACCUCUAUGUGAUGCCCAGGUCAGCUGCCCAUGGAGCCUAACUGAGCAGUGAUCUACUCCUUCAGUAGUGUUAAAAUUUUAAUGAAUGCCUAACAAAUGGCUACAAAUAAAGUUUGAUAUAGGGUCAGUUUCACUCAAUCUUAUUUGAAAAACACUUUAAUAAAAUUUAGUGAGUAGCUAAAA